AUGAUAUUUGCCAAUAAAUCACUUGUGCCUUUAAAACAGAAAUCCUUAAUUGGGUGUAAGAGAAAUUUUAAAAGAUUCCAAAAAAGUAGAACCGAAAAAAUAGUCCUAAGAAGUAUCACACCUGACAAUAAUCAAAAAGAAGAAUCCUUGAACAAAAGCAAAAAUUCCAUGAAAUGGUUCCUGCAUAAAUAUAAAGUCCUCAUCAUACCUUUGUUCGUUCUUUUAUAUGUACUAUUACUGAACAACACACUUCCAAGAACAGACAAAGCCUAUUACUCGAGAUUGUUAAAUGAAAUAAGUGAGACCCCAUUACAAAGUGAAAAUCCACCACAAGGUGAAAUCCCACCACAAAUUGAAAAUGUAGCACAAAGCGAAAACCCACCACCAAGCGAAGCCACACCAAAAAGCGAACGCAAAUAUGGACUUAGUGUUAGAUCAAAAUUUAUGCGCAGGAAGAAAGAAACUGGAGAAUCUAAGUCAAAGAAUUAUAAGCAGAAGGAGCGUGAAAAUAAAUCAAAAAACAAUCGUAAGAAAGAAGAUGAUAUUGCAUCAAAAAAUGAUUUUCAACAAGCAGAAUGCGAAAAUAAUAUAAAUAUUAAUUCUCCAAGAACUGUAAUAGAUUUUGCGUCUUGUUCAAAUCUGACACCUGAAGAGAAAAUAGAAUUUUUUUUUUACAGUACAAGUAAUUAUUUAUAUUACACAAAAGACUUAAAGAGACGUAUAUGUGAAACUGAUAUGGUAACUAAAAGAUUUAUGACUCAAAUAUUUUUUGAAUUAUGUAAUGAACAGAGGAAAAUUUUUCUUGGCAUGAAAGAAGCGAUAUCUAACAUAUCUUUCAUGUUAGCAGCACAAUUUAAUAUACAAAAUAAAGAGAGGUCAAAAUGUUGGUCUCCUAUAAAUAUUGAACUUGCGAGAGUGUUAAAUCGAUUUGAUAUACGUGACCGUACUGAUUUUAAUAAUUUUUUGAUGCUUAAGAAACAACAUUCUGCUGAAGAUUUUGCUCAUUUUAUAGAAAAGAGAAUUUUUUUAUGGAACAAAUUAACGAGAGAAAAUAGAUAUGAAUCCUUUCUUGAGCUAUAUAAGCAAUUAAAAAAAUGCAGUACCACAAGUGAAGCUCCAGAUUUUGAUCAAAACAUCAGAGCUAUGUCUCACGAGGAUGUUUAUGCUAAUGACACUGCAAUGACAAAUAAUUUUAAUGCUAGCAACACUCAAAUGUCAAGUAAUUGCAAUGAAAACAAUAGCACAAUGCCAAACAGUUUAAAUGUUAACAGUGCAACAAUGCCACACAGUUUCAAUGCUAACAGUGCUACAAUGCCACACAGUUUCAAUGCUAACAGUGCUACAAUGCCUAACACUUUCAAUGCUAACAGUGCUACAAUGCCAUAUAAUGUUUUUAAUCCUAAUGCUGCAACCAUGCCGAAUAUUAUGUUUAAUCCUAAUACCGCUGCAAUGCCAAAUAUUAUGUUUAAUCCUAACGGUGUUGCAAUGCCAUAUAAUGUUUUCAAUCCUAACACCGCUGCAAUGUCUUAUAAUCCAUUUAAUCUUAAUAACCCUGCUAUGCUAUAUAAUCCUAAUAACCCUGCUAUGCUAUAUAAUCCUUUUAAUCCUAAUAACCCCGCUAUGUUAUAUAACAAUUUUAAUGCUAUUAAUAGACUUAGAGCACCGAAUAAUCUCAAUGUGGUUAAUGCACCUAUGCCAUAUAGUAACGUUGCUAUGCCACACAAUAAUUUCAAUGCUAAUAUUAUGGGUACACCACCAUACAACAAUUUUAAUGCUAAUAAUAAACCUAUGUCUGGAAAUAAUUUGAACACUAAUAAUGCAGCUAUGACACAUAAUAACUUCAAUACGAAUAAUGUUACAAUGCCGUACAAUAAUAUGAAUACUAAUAAUGCCCCAGUAUCGUACAGUAAUUUGAAUACUAAUAUUCCAGCUGUCCCUUACCAAAAUUUUAAUCCUAAUAAUACAGCUAUGCAGAAUAGCAAUUUUAAUCCUAACAGUGCAGCUAUACCAUGCAACAAUUUUAAUCCUAAUGUAGCAGCUAUGCCUUGCAACAAUUUUAAUCCUAAUGUUGCAUCUAUGCCAUAUAACAAUAUGACCCCGAAUGGUAAACUAAUGACACCAGAACUAGAAAUAGAUAAAGAACACUCCAAGAAGAAGAAGAAAAAAAAAUGA